UGUGGAGAGAGGGGGGAUCCACGCACCUCCCUGUGAUCGGCUGAUUGGUCGAGCGCUGAAUCUGGGCAGGACAGGAAACUGGACGCGAGGAACGCGCAGCAAUCUCCGUUCUCCGGGAGAGAGAAUGGGAGAGGAAACCGAAAUGUGUCAGUAGAUGACUAGAAGGAUUGAAUCGGGCAAAUGAAUAAUUUGCCUUUUUAGUAUAUAUACCGCACUGUUCAGCACCAGGGACGUGGGAUAUUUACCUUUAACAUUCUUCUAAGUAAUUAUCGGCUGUUUUCAUAACAUAGAAGAAUUGCAGAGCUCUUCGCCGCUGGGCACAAGUUAACCUCUAUUUGGACAUUUUCAACUGAGUGAAAGAGAAAGAAACACUAUACCAAAGCAGAUAUGGAGCAGGUGUCAGAUGAUGAGUUGGACCAUGCUGCUGAAGAAGACAGCGAUAAGGAGGACCAGGAUCUGGACAAGAUGUUUGGUGCCUGGUUGGGAGAACUGGACAAACUCACACAGAGUUUGGAUGAUGGGCGUCCUGAGAAAGUGCAGAAAGCUCCUCUCAGACAGGAAACAAACCUUGCCAAUUUCUCCUACCGUUUCUCUAUGUACAACAUCAACGAAGCCAUUAACCAAGGCGAGACAGUGGAUUUGGACGCCCUCAUGGCCGACCUGUGUUCAAUAGAACAAGAGCUCAGCACUAUCGGCAAACCCAUGAGCAAGACCUCAGAUGGCAAAUCUAGACAGAGACCCACAGGCCGCUCGGCCAGCACCAAACACACCGGAGGGGGCAGCAGCGGAGGAAGCACCAGCAGCAGCACCAGAGCUUCUCCCGCCUCCACCGUACGUGGUGGCAGCAGUCAGUCACGGCCCCUGGCCUCCAACUUCUCCCUGGAUGAUAUCACCGCUCAGCUAGAAAAGGCGUCCCUGAGCAUGGACGAGGCGGCAAGGCAGACUUCUGAAUCUUCCUCAUCAUCUUCCUCCUCAUAUUCAUCUGCAACUCUCUCUCACCCGCCUACUAACACACAUCAUCGCCGCACAGGAUCGGUUGGGACGGUCAGUGACCAGGAAGUGCGCUCCAUCGGUCAUUCGUCCAGGUCAAGUGUCAACUCUGCCUCUGCGUCCAGCAUGGAUUCACUGGACAUUAGAGGGCAGGAAACUGAGGCGCAGUCACAGAAUCAGAACCAAAGCCAGACUAGCACAGAGCAUGUCUCACUGCGAAGGGCCAAUGGUAAAGCUACCAGACGGCAUCUUGACUUCACCUCACAGGCGGGGGAGGUGGAUCAAAGUACUCACUCGUAUCUGGACAGGGAGACCUCUCUGAUUCUGAAAAACAUUGCAGGAAAACCCUCUCACCUGCUGACCAAGGAAGAACAGGCUGCCAAAGCGAAGGCUGAGAAAAUCCGUGUGGCGCUAGAGAAAAUUAAAGAAGCCCAGGUUAAAAAGCUGGUGAUACGUGUACACAUGUCAGAUGAGAGCUCAAAGACUAUGAUGGUGGAUGAGAGGCAGACGGUCAGGCAGGUGCUGGACAGUCUGCUGGAUAAAUCUCACUGCGGUUACAGUCCGGACUGGGCCCUAGUUGAGACCAUCCCUGAGCUACAGAUGGAGAGAAUUUUUGAAGACCAUGAGAACCUGGUGGAGAACUUGCUCAACUGGACCAGAGACAGUCAAAACAAACUCAUGUUCAUUGAACGGAUUGAAAAAUAUGCACUUUUCAAAAAUCCACAGAACUAUUUACUUGGGAGGAAGGAGACCUCUGAGAUGGCAGACCGAAACAAGGAGGCAUUGCUGGAGGAAUGUUUUUGUGGAAGCUCAGUGUCUGUUCCUGAAAUUGAGGGAGUCUUGUGGUUGAAGGAAGAUGGCAAAAAGUCUUGGAAGAAGCGGUACUUUCUGCUGAGGGCAUCUGGCAUCUAUUUUGUGCCGAAGGGCAAAGCCAAGGCUUCAAGGGAUUUGGUGUGCUUCCUGCAGUUGGACCAUGUUAAUGUGUAUUAUGGUCAGGACUACCGGAGCAAGUACAAGGCCCCCACUGACUACUGCCUGGCCCUCAAGCACCCUCAGAUACAGAAGAAGUCACAGUAUAUCAAAUAUCUGUGCUGUGAUGAUGUCAGAACUCUACACCAAUGGGUUAAUGGCAUUCGUAUUGCUAAGUAUGGGAAGCAGCUGUAUGUGAACUACCAGGAAGCCAUGAAACGCACAGAAGCGGCCUAUGACUGGUCUUCUCUCUCUAGCACCAGCAUCAAGUCGGGAACAAGCUCAGUCAGUAUACCUGAAUCACAGUCAAACCACUCUAGCCAAGCAGACAGUGGUAUGUCAGAUGGUACUUCGUCCUCCCAUGCCCGUUCCCAGAGUGUAGUCAGUUCAAUCUUCUCUGAGGCCUGGAAGAGAGGGACUCAAAUAGAGGAGAGCACAAAGGCAAGGCCAGAAUCAAUGCGUUCUACCCAUUCAAGCCAUAGCAGCCAUUCUUCUCAUCAUGUGCCUCAACAGCAGCAUCCACACCCAGUGCAACAGCCACAUCCACAUUCAAUUCCACAGUCACGUGGAAGUGUCACCCAGGCACCGACACAGGCACCAAUACAGCAACCGAUACAGGCACCGGCACAAGUACCACCCCAGGCAACUCCAGCCCCACCACCGCCACCUCCUCCACCACCACCUCCUCCACCCCCUCCUCCUCCUAUUUCCAAUAUCCCCCACCAUGCCACACCUACCAUGUUUGCCAAAUACAGCACUAUCACACGGCUGCAGAAUGCCUCUCAGGCCGCAAGCCACCACAAGCCUCAGCCUCAAGUCCAGCAGCAAGUGCCACCAGUCCCACCGGCCUCCAAACCACAAUCGAACAAUAUUCCACCAGGGGCUAACAUCCCACCCCCUCCUCCUCCACCUCCACCUGCCCCAAUGCCUCCGCCUGGAUCAGCCAUGGCUGUUUUGAAGCUUGGUCCUCCAGCCCCAGCAACAGUUCUACAGUCCUCCCUCCCCUCCCCUCCCCUCCCCUCACCUCCACCUCCCCCACCUCCUCCCACAAUGCCCAUACUGUCACAGCCUCUACCGCCUCCACUUCCCAUAAUGCUAAUGCAGUCACAGCCUUUACCAUCUCCUUCUCCCAUAAUGCCAAUGCAGUCACAGCCUUUACCACCUCCUCCACCCAUAAUGCCGGUGCAGUCACAGCCUUUACCACCUCCAUCUACCAUAAUGCCAAUUCAGUCACAGCCUUUACCACCUCCUCCACCCAUAAUGCCGGUGCAGUCACAGCCUUUACCGCCUCCUCCUCCCAUAAUGCCCUUGCAGUCACAGCCUUUACCACCUCCUCCACCCAUAGUGUCAAUCAAGUCACAACCCCUCCCACCUCCUCCCCCCAUAGUGCCAAUCCAGUCGCAACCUUUACCACCUCCUCCACCCCCUCUUCAGGCUAAUGGCCUUCCACCACCUUCGACAGUACAGGCACCUUUCCUAACCAAUGGACUCAAGAAGGUCCUUGCCCACAAAUUUCCCAAUGUUCCCCAGGAUAUAAUACCCCCAGCCAAUCAGAUCCAUUCUCCUCCUCCUCCUCCUCCUCCUCCACCACCGCCACCACCCCCACCAUCAGCACCUACACUCCCUCGCCAACAGCAUAUUGCUACAGCUCCAUAUCCACCACCACCACCUCCUCCACCACCUCCACCAGCCCCCAUUCAGCUACCAAUUCAACCUGCAGUUUUGCCCAAAACUUUCACUUGUGGAUUUCCACCCCAAACAGCACCAAAACCUUCAUAUGGUAUUCUUCCAGUAUCCCCAGUAACUCCAGCACCACCACCACCUCCCCCACCCCCACCUCCUCCUCCACCUCCAGCACCAUUGAAGAACCAACCCCCACCUACACUGCCCAAGCAGCACAGCAUCUCCAAGACACUACCAUUCUCCAACCAAACCUCAUCAGUGCCAUCUCUGGUUAAGCAGCUUGCUAGCCAGUUUCCUGUUGUGUCUCCUGCAAUAACCAAUCAAACUGAGUCUCAAAGUCACAAAGCUCCCCAGUCCCUACCUGCAGUGAAGGCUAAACCAAAAUGGCAGCCUGUAGGUCAAGGCCAGCAGCAACAGAGGUCACCUGAAUUUCCACCACCUCCUCCAGAGAGUACCCUUGCAUUUCCUUCACCACCACCUCCGCCGCCGCCGCCACCACCUCCUCCAGGUCCUACCCCUCCUCCUCCUCCACCACCUCCUCCUCCUCCUCCAAUGUCAGGCUCCCCUAUCAGGAAGUCCCCUUCUGGCUCAUCUGCAGGUGUCAAGAAACCUCCACCGACACCUCAGCGCAACUCCAGUGCGAAGUACAAUGCCUCGGUGGACUACCAGGAGUCCCGCAGGAACUUGGUGAGCAAGUUUAACCCUACUUCAUCAUUGACAUCAAGCUCCAGUAGCUCACCCUCCAAAGAGCUUUCUACAGGUCCUCGGGCACCCCCCAAACCAGGAAAGCUUAAUCUGGCAAAUCUUCCUUUGGCUUUGCAGAACAAAAUGAAUCAGAACCGCCAAUCCACUGCAGACUUCCCAUCCCCUCCACCCCCAGAAAAUGACAUAUUUCCCCCUCCCCCACUGGAGUCUGACCUCCCUCCACCACCGCCCCUUCCAGGUGAUCCAAAUGGUUUGUCUCCGAAAGUGGCUGUGGUCAAUCCUCAGCCCCAGCCUGCUUGGGGAAAGAGUUCCCUGAAAAAGACGCAACCUCCAGCGUCAAUUCGCUGUAACAACACUAUUAGAGAGCCUCCACCACUCUCACCACCUUCCAUACAAGGGGGCCCUAUUCCCCCUUCUUCUCCCAAAGGCACCACACAGCCAAACUUCUUGGAGGACCUUAACAAGACACUGAAACGCAAGUCCUCGCGAGUCUCUGGAGACAAAGUGGACCCUGUGGCCACAAUGGAUGACAUGGCUUUGCCACCACCUCCACCUGAGCUUCUGAAUGAUCAACAGAGACACAGUGGUAGUGGCUUCAUGUCCGGGAAUAUCUCAGGCUAUGCAACGCUACGGCGAGGGCCUCCUCCUGCCCCACCCAAGCGGGACCACAGCACCAAACUCACAAACUGAGAAAACGGCAACGUUGCCUGGACACUCUUGCUUGCUAUUUACAUGUUUGUCUCAUAGAAGCCUCAGUGCAUCAGUUCCAGUUCCAAACAACUGAGUGAUUCCACUUCAACACUUGGUACUGCAUGGAAGACAAAACUACAUUAAACUAUUAAUCUUAUUGAUUUUUGGGAAGACAAACAUUUUGAACUUUGGAGUUGGGUGGGAUUUUUAAUUUUGAUUUUAUAUUGUUUUUAUAUUAUCGAUUAUUUAAUAAUCUGAAGAGAUUUUGUUAUUUCAGACUGAAGGUUUUUAAAUGGUUGGAUGGUUAUUGUUGUUUGAGGAGUUUUAGAUGGGUAGGUUGAAUUAGACAGUGUGUUUGGCUGGUAUAUUAGUUUGGCAUAACUUUAACCAUUUAUGUGGCAGAUCCAGUGCUCAAUAGAUGCAUCUAGAAUGGAUCUUGAUCACCAUUGUUCUUUGAGCCACUAAGUGCGUUUUAGUUGUAUUUGUCAAAACUGUAACAUGAAGGACUUGUUGUUCAGGGAGUUGACCCAAUGUCUAGAUCUGUGAGACUGUGGAAUGUUUUCUUUUUUUUUUCUUUUUUUUUUAUUAGACCUGUUUAAAUUGUAGAUAUUCUCAUUUGCUGCAGUAUCUUUGUCUAGGUAAAACAAAUGACUGCCUUGCUGUUCCUUGUUGGUCCUUACUUCCUCUGAUGAACGUUCAAGCUGACUUUUACAAAUUGUUCACCUAUGAAGAGAUGGACUUUUAAGUCAUGUGACUGAAUGACACAAUCAUUAUUCACAUAGAUUUAUCUUAUAUCCUGUAUUAUAACCUGUAUUAUUGGCUCAUGAAUACAGCCAUGCCUUAAGAUUCUAGAACAUGUGGAUCAAAAUAUUCUCAUCUUAUAAAAAGAGGCCAUUAGGAAGUUCAAUUCCCCUGUAGGUUUUACUUGCUGAAGGAUUCUGGCUUAUUUUCUCCAUUCAGACAUGACAUGCAACUUCAGAAUCUUACAGUGAGCACCUAUAAGAGGCACUUGGCAUAUGUACAAACAAUUAACUCAUGUCCACAUUUCAUUUUGAAGAAUUUGUUUAUUGAAUGUAUUUACAAUAUCAUGAAACUUUUCAGGUUGUUGAGAAGUGACUAACUAAAGUUGAUAUUAAAUUAUUAAAGUAUCCGGUCAUGAUCCAUUCAUAUCCCUCUGCAAAAUGUGUAAUUUAAAAUGAAAUUAUACAUGCUGAUAUCA